AUGAAGAAAGACAGGUACAAUCAAGUACAGAAAGAUGCAUGUGUUCCCACAAAAAAUAAAAUCAGUGAAAACAAAACUAAAACAAAAAAGCAACCAAAUGUUGUAGCUAAUAUUAAAAAUGAAAUAUCAAAAAAUAAAAGUACAGGUAAAAAAGUGGUGGAAAAGCAACAAAAUAUUACCAUAAUUGACAUUACUACAGACGAGCCAAUAGUAAGACGAAAAAAUGUGAUAAAAAAGCUGCCAAAUUUAACAGCAGUCAAACAUAAAACAGAAAUUAAACAGAAUUUGGUAAAAACUAAAAGCAACGAAAAAAUCAUUGCCAAAAAACAGCUUAGCACAUUAGAUAUGAAUAAAAUUAUUAAUUUUAAAACUGCAGAAGUGCAAAAAAGAAGCAAACCUAAUGAAGAUAUUAUCGUUUUUAAACAUAUUCCUAUAAUUGAAACUAAAUUAAUAAAACCCAAUCCAAUAAAAACUAGAAGCAAUAAAGCACAGCAACAUACUGUUGGUGAUAAUAAUGGUUUUAAACAAAUCACUGAAAAAGAAAUAGUUUCCAAAAGUAAAGAACAUAAUGUAAAAAAUACCAAUACUAAUUACCAAAAUCAAGCAUCAAAAGAAACUAAUAAUAGCAAAUUGGAAACAUUGGAUAAAAUUAUUAAAUAUGAUAUUACGAACACUUUUAAUCAAGAAUUGCAGGACAAUUUAAUUGAUCAAUUCGAUAAAAAUAACGAUAAAAUAAAAAGAAUGCCAAUGAGGUCGAGUAUUAGAAUUGCGAAAAAGAAAUCAAUCGAGUCAUUAAGUGAUUCUUUUACGGAUAAGGUCAACAAUAAAAGAGACAAUAAUCGCGAACGAUUUUCUGAUAAACUCAAAUUUAUGGCCAUGUUGCAGCUGAAAUACGAAAAAAACAACCAUGCUGUGGUCGAUUUGGAUCAAUUUUUUGAAUGUUUAGUCGACGAAGAGAAUGUUGGGUAA